GCGACUCGCAGCCGCUGCGGUGACUCCGGGUCCCGGCUCGAUCCCCGAGCCCGGCGGCUGCUGCGGGAGCCCGGAGCCCGGGCAGCAGCCGGGAGCGGGGAGUCUCCGGCCGGGCCCUUCCCGCUGCUCCCCGGGAGCCGCCCCCAGGCAGAGCCCCCGGCCCGGCCGCGCUCGGGGGGAAGGUUGCAGAAUAAUGACCCCAGAUCACUCCAGAUCAUCCCAUUUUCCUAGGGGCUGGGGCAGGGAAAUGGCUGUGGUGGAUCCAACUCAGAUGCCAGUGAGCUUCGAGGAGGUGGCUGUGUAUUUCACCGCGGGGCAGGGGGCUCUGCUGGACCCCGCUCAGAGAGCCCUCUACAGGGACGUCAUGCAGGAGAACUAUGAGACUGUGACCUCGCUGGGACUCCCCAUUCCCAAACCUGCCCUGAUCGCCUGGCUGGAAGCAGGGGAAGAGCCGUGGGUCCCGGAUCUCCAGGACUCCGAGGAAAGGAAGAUCCCAAGAGGCACCCACAGAGGUGAUGAGACAAUGAAUGAGAACGAGGAGGGGAAUCCACAGCAGGAAGGUCCUGACCAAGUGGAACUGCAGGGGAGGUUUUUGAGAAGAGCUCAAGGGAAUUUUUCCCAGUACUGGGAACAGAGAAAAGCCUGGAAUCAUCGGCACAGGUCAGAGAGGAAGUUGGGAAACCGCCAAAGGAAGAAAGUGAAGGAAGUAAUUGAAUGUGGGGGAGGAGGCAAGGAUCCCCAGGAAACCACAGACCAGCAGACAAAUCCCAAGGAAAAGAAACCAUAUAAAUGCUUGGAAUGUGGGAAGAGCUUCAGUCGGCGCUCAGAUCUUAUUAAACAUGGUAGAAUCCAUUCCGGAGAGAGACCCUAUAAAUGCUUGGACUGUGGGAAAAGCUUCAAUCAGAGUUCAAAUCUUACUACCCAUCGGAGAGUGCACAUAGGAGAGAGACCCUAUAAAUGUUUCGAGUGUGGGAAAAGUUUCGGUGUACUAUCAACCCUUAUUAUACAUCAGAGAACUCACACAGGAGAGAAACCUUAUGAAUGUUUGGACUGUGGGAAAAGCUUUUAUGGGAGCUCAAAUCUUACUGCCCAUCAGAGAGUGCACAUAGGAGAGGGACCAUAUAAAUGUCUUGAGUGUGGGAAAAGCUUCAGUGCACCAUCAGUCCUCCUUAUACACCAGAGAACCCACACGGGAGAGAAACCUUAUAAAUGCUUGGAGUGUGGGAAAAGCUUCAGUCAGAGCUCAGGCCUUAUUAGCCAUGAAAGAAUCCAUACAGGAGAGAGACCAUAUAAAUGCUUGGACUGUGGGAAAAGCUUCAGUCACCGCUCAGGCCUUAGUAACCAUCGGAGAAUCCACACAGGAGAGAGACCAUAUAAAUGCUUGGACUGUGGGAAAAGCUUCAGUCGCCGCUCAGACCUUAGUAACCAUGGGAGAAUCCACACAGGAGAGAAACCCUAUAAAUGUUUGAUCUGUGGGAAAAGCUUCAAUCGGAGCUCAAAUCUUCAUACCCAUUGGAGAGUGCACACAGGAGAGAGUGGGAAAAGUUUUAGUGAGAGCUCAAAGAAUCAGGAGAGCAAUCAUGUAAGUGCCUCAGCUGUGGGGUAAGUUUCAUUCGAAGAUAAAACCUUGCUUCAUAUCAGACAAUUCACAUGAGAGAAACCCUAUAAGUGCUUGGAUGGUAGGAAAAGCUUCAAUAACUGCAGGAAAAAAGUCAGUCUGAGCUCACACAUUAUUUCACAUGUGAUAACUCACAGAAUAAAGACCUUGAAUGUG